AUGGCUACUGUGGUUGCUUUUGGCAGUCAUCUAGGGAGGAAAAAGUUGACCCACUUCAUAAAGGCCACUGUCUGCCUCCCAAAUCCUGGAAAUCACGUCGUGCUGUGGAGAAGUUGCUCACAGUAUAAACAGGUAACCAGCAAUGAGGACCUGCCCAUUCCAAUGGAAAAUCCUCAUAAGGAAUGCAUCUUAUGUGGAAAACGUGUGGAUUACAAGAAUGUGCAGCUUUUGUCCCAGUUUAUUUCUCCAUUUACUGGAUGCAUUUAUGGAAGGUGCCUAACAGGUCUUUGUGGAAAGAAACAAAAAGAAAUCAUAAAAGCGAUGAAGAGAGCUCAAAUAGUGGGUUUUAUGCCAGUAACAUACAAGGAUCCUGUGUAUCUCAAAGACCCUAAAGUUUGUAACAUUAAAUAUCGGGAGUAA